AUGGGACUCCGGUACUCGUCUUAUAUCGAUCAUCCGAAGAGCAAGCAUGCGAAAUUUGUCACGUACGGAUGCUGUCACUGUCGCACACAUCUUUCGUCUUCGGCGCAAAUCAUGUCAAAAGAUUACCGUGGAACGACGGGGGACGCGUACUUGAUGAAUAAAGUGGUAAACGUUUUUGAGGGGAAUAAAGAGACGAGACACAUGCUGACAGGACGUUAUAUUGUGUGUGAUAUACUAUGCCACAUGUGUCGAAACCUUGUUGGAUGGAAAUAUUUGGAAAGCGAUCGCAAGGAUCAACGAUAUAAGGAAGGGAAAUAUAUUUUGGAGCUGCAAACCAUUUGCAAAGUACACUGA